AUGAGAGAGGAAGAGAUCAUAAACAAAACAUAUAUAGGCUAUGCUGAGAAUGGAAACUUAGAUGAAUAUUUGUUCUUAGAGUACUUUGUGCAGACUGCAGAUAACAUUGAAUUUUCGGACAAAAGGAUAAGGAGAAAAGUAAGAUUUUAUACUUUUAAAGAAACAUACAACUUAUCGAGACAAAAAGAACAUGACACGAGGAGAUCACACAGUGAAAUUAAUGAUAGCUGCAGAAUAUUCUUAUCCCUAAAGUACGAUGCCACAUUUUUAACGGCCCUCAAAUUUGAAAAGGACCAAAUUCCCGAAAAUGCCCUUCACCUCAUCCCGGCCCAUAUAGACGUGAUCAUUCUCGUUACGAAAUGGGCCGUCGAGAUUAGGGGCGUAAACGUCUUUUCCAGGGUCGGCCCAAGCCCACUCCAUGAGCACGUCCAGCUGGCACUCAGACGAAUAAGAUGGGUUGGCAAUACUAGUGGCGUUUGGUGGGCUAAAGAGGUCGAGUUUGGACCGGGCUUCAGCUUCGAGCCGGACGGUCUCCCAUUGGGCCAUGUGGCGGAUAAUGUGGGAGUCCUUGGAUUGGGCCUGGCCAUUGGGCUUGUGGGUAACUGGGUCGAUACCUAUCUUGAUCAGCCUCUUCUUCAGGUGGGUGUUCCAGUAGUUCUUUAUCUGGUUAUCGGUUCUUUUCGGCAAGCACCUGUUACCAAGAAGGGCAUGAAGCUGAAUAAUUGUCUCAUCUUCUUGCCUCAAGUAAUUAGCCCAUCUCAGCCUGCAACUUUUCCCACAUCUUCUAAGCCCUAUACACAUAUAGUAUAA